AGCGACAAACAGCUGUCUGAACGUACCAAAGAUUAAGAUAACAUUUGGAGUUUGGAUUAUGGCUAGUGCCACUAGAAGAAUAGAUGAAUUAGUAAAAGAUUAUCUUUUGUUCCGAGGACUCACAAGCAGUUUAAGGACAUUUGAAUCGGAGCUAAAAAACGAUAAAGAGAAAGGUUUACGGGUUGAUAAAAUUGUGGAACAACUGAUCGGUUACAUCACAAACUAUGAUCUGUCAAACUUUCGAGAAUACUGGAUAUAUCUGAACCAUCGCCUGUUUGCCCGUCUGGAGCAGCGAUGCAUGCUGAGUGUGAGGAAGCUGGAGGUCAGUCUGCUGAAGAUGUACGUGGUGAAUGCCCAGCAGAUGAACCGCCCCGACAAAGUGACCGAGUUCUUCGAGAAGAUGACCCCGGAGCUGCACAGUCAACCAGAGUUUAGAGAAUGGUUCACAUUUCCAUUCCUUUCCAGUCCUCAGGAGAAUGCUACAUUUGCCAUGUAUUUCAGCAAACAAUGGCAGGAUACCUUGACUCUGUCACUUCACAACUUCCUCAGCGUGAUUCUGCAAGCAAUGCCUGUACCUACGCUGCUGAAUUUUGAGCAUGAUUACCGAAGAAUGAAACUUUUACUGGAAGAAAAUGAAUCAUUGAAAAAACAGAUUGUAACUUUGGCUCAGAAGGAAGAUGAUGAGCAGGUUUCAUGCAUUGAAAGAAGAAGUCCUGAAUUUAACCACUGCCAGUCAUCAGAACUUGUGUACGACUUUUCGGGAUUAUCAGAUGAAAACACUGUUCUUGAAAAGCAGCAGAAAAGGCUAUUUCCUCUCAGUUUGUCUUCUCCACUUACUGGCAAGAAGAAACCUGACACCACUCGACUGAAACUGGACUCGAAAGCUCCCAAAGUAAAACCGUCAGUCGUUCGUCAAGUUGUUGCCCCAGUGAAUAAGCCUCCGCCCCCGAAGAGUAAGCAUGCUUCUGCACCGGCGGGGAAUACACAAGCAGCGUGUGCACAAGUCGGAAGCAUUCAGUAUUCAUCCUCUCCCCAUCUUCCAUCUGUUGCUAUAGCAAGCCAAGACACACGGCCGAAGCAUCGAAUGUCAGCUGUGGAGUUUGAGAAACAAAGGAGGGAAUUACUUGGUGAUAUAAAAAGAUCCUCCGAUAAUAAAGAAAGUGAACCAGUUGCCAAGGAGAUGUCCACAAAUCCACUACCUGUGCUUAGAUCUGUGUCAGCAGGUCAUUCCGUUACCAUGACAACAUUUGACAAACUGAAGUCCGAACCAUCAAGCCCUGCACACUCAGCAGCAACAGAGACACAUAAAGUGAAGUCGGAUACAAGGGAGCCUGUAUCAAUAAUACCACCUGCACCGGUCACUGGAAGUGUGACCCAAAUACCAGAUGGGGAUUGUCCUUUUCUACUCUUGAGUCAAGAAGAGUAUGGUGAACACCAUUCUGCCAUAUCGUACUGUAAAUUUAGCAUGUCUGGUCAGUACAUUUCCAGUUUGGAUGUUGACGGAAUUGUCAAAGUUUGGACCUGGAGUCCGCAGCCUGCUACCAUGGCAACUGUCAUGUCCAAGUCUGCUUUCCUGUCCUUGGACUGGGCUAGCAAGUCUGACAGAUGGCUCCUGCUGGGAAACAGAACUGGAAAUAUCCGACUCUUUGAUGUCAAGGAAAUCAAAACAUUCCGUGAAGUUGUAGCAGAUCAGAGUUACCCAAGAAUUAUAAACAUCACUGCAAACCCAGUGGGAAUGAGCUUCGUCUGUUCAGCAACAGUGCAGCGAAUUCGCAGUUCUUCCGGUGCCUCAGAGAGAUCGUCUCUGGUGAAACCAGGAAAACUUAUGUUGUGGGACCUUCGCAGUAUGAAGCUCGACAAGGUUUUACCACUGGAGCCAAGUCCCAUAGCGGUGAACUGUUGUGUGUACAACCACAACGGUCAGCUGUUGAUCACCGGAGCAGCGGACGGCAAAAUCAGACUAUUUGACAUACAGCAGCACAAGUGUAUUAAUCAGUGGGACGCUCACGAAGGGGAGGUACACACGGUGCAGUUCAGUUCCGAUGAAACCACUUGCUACAGUAUGGGAAGUGAUGGAAAAUUUGCCCAGUGGAAUAUGAAUAAAACUGGUAAGAAAGUGCGAGAUAUCGCCAUGCACCAGGGCGCUGUGCUUCCAUUCCUGGCCACUAGUCCGACCGGGAACAAGGAAAUACCUCGAGGAAAACUGUUUGCCUUUGACUCCGAGGGACAGUAUGUAUUAACGUGUGACAAGAACACUGGAGUUAUAUAUCAGUUAAAAGAAACUGACCCAGGAGUAGCUAAAACUAUGGAAUUAAAAGGACCCAAAAACUGUGUUACGACUGUCGAUUGGUCACCAACUAUGGACACACGGGUCUGUCUGAUGGGCGCCAUGGAUGGAAAAAUCAGAGUUUCAACUCUCUUGUCUCAGUAGUGUAGUGUGUGGUCUUCAUCGAUGGGUACCAAAAAAUUUUGUUUUGACAACACAGUAUAAUGAGGAAAUGAAUUCACAUACAGGGCUAGCUCUGGCUGAACAAACAAAUUCGCCAAAUUGUUUAUUAAACUUCAAAAAUUGCAGAAAUCAAGUUAUUUUCUAAAAAAUAUCAGGUGUUACAUAAAAUUAUUUCACCAAAUUAAAAUAAAAUUAGCCAGUUGCUUUCAAAAUUUGCAAUUAGCGAAUUUGGCGAGUGCCAGACAGAUUUUGACAUAUCAAAUAUUACAAUUAACAUGUCAGAUAUGUAUAUAUAGGUUAUUACCAGAGAGUUUCAGUAUUAUGCGAGCCUUUGUAAAUAUAAAAAAAAAAUUCAAAUAAUCCAAACAAAUUUGGAUAUGUGUGGGUGAAUGGUCCAUUUUGAAUGGAUAUUAGGAUCUUUCCCCACAACUAUAGAACAGAUACAUUCAGUUCGGACCUCCUUCCCUCCAUCCAAUUCUUGACAAGAUGACGGUCAGUAGUGACAUAUACAUAACUGAUAGAAGUAGUAACAACAGCUGUGGAUAAUUGAACAUACGGUAAUCUGUUAUAAUACAAAAUUGACUGCAGAUUAAAGAGAAAUGGGGAAACAAAGAAGUAGAGCAGAGGGAGAAACAUGAAAGAUGAGAGAAAGAAAAACAGGUUAACAGAGAAGUAAAAAGAGAAACUAAUAUUUCAAAAUGUUUACUGCUGGCAAUGAAGUCCUGAACUGAUUUUAAAAUGUUGUUAACUUCGGAUCACCAAAUAGUAAAAUAUAGCCGAGAUAUGAUUAUUUCUGUAAAUGGAUAUUGUGAUGUACUUUGAAAAGUGCACAAUGAGAAGUGCGCAAUGACGUCGGAAAUAUUCUGCAUCUUCAAUACGAUGUCCACAAGCACAUCUAGGAUUGUUUUCAAUGGGACAUAUAUUUACUGUUGCUCAUUUACAGUCGACAGUAGUAUCUGUUGACUUCUGUUACCAUAAUAAAAGUAUACAAGGACA